GAAUUUAAAAUGAUGAAUAAAUGUCGCCUUUCAGAAGAUGCGAGUUUAGUCGCCUAUAAUCGCUUAACUCUUUGGUGAAUUAUUUAAAGUUUUAUUGCCAGGAUGGCUGUUUUACUAUGGUUACUAUAUGCUGUCCUCAGCUGUAUAAGUCUUCUGACACUGACUGUUUUACUUCUGAGAAUAUGGCUUACAAAGAGGAGGAGGACCUACAAAGCUUCUGUCAACGGGAAGAGUGUGAUUGGCUUUUUCCAUCCUUACUGUAAUGCUGGAGGGGGAGGGGAAAGAGUCCUCUGGGUGGCAAUCAGGGCAAUACAGAAAAAGUAUCCCUCAGUUGUUGUAGUGGUAUACACCGGAGACACUGAUGCCUCCCCUGGAGAGAUUAUGCAGCGAGCCCAUCAACGCUUCAACAUUGUGCUCCAGCGCCCCAUCAAUUUUAUAUUCCUGACAAGACGUAGAUGGGUGGAGGCUUAUAUGUACCCCUACCUGACUCUGUUGGGACAGAGCCUGGGGUCAGUACUGCUGGGAUGGGAGGCACUGUGGAAGUGUGUACCAGACAUUUACAUUGAUAGUAUGGGCUAUGCUUUUACCUUUCCUUUAUUCCGUUAUCUAGGAAACUGUCGUGUAGGAUGUUAUGUUCACUACCCAACAGUCAGUACAGAUAUGCUAGAGAAGGUGUCUAGUCGAAGGGAGGGACACAAUAACCCCUCAUUUAUCACCAGGAGUUGGUUUCUGUCCACUCUUAAGGUGCAGUACUACAAACUUUUUGCACUUCUGUUUGGUUGGGCAGGAAGAAGUUGCCAUGUAGCCAUUGUGAACUCUACCUGGACAUUUGGUCACAUUAAACAAUUGUGGCAAAUGGAAGAUAGGACACAUAUAGUGUAUCCUCCCUGUGACAUUAAUGAAUUUGUGAAAAUACCUCUGGAUUGCAAGCGGUCUAAUCACAUUUUGUCAAUAUCACAGUUCAGACCAGAGAAGGAUCACCCAUUACAAAUUAAAUCAUUUCAUAAAUUCAUUUCAACCGUCACUAUAGAUCAGAAACCCCUUUACAAACUGCUGUUAGUUGGAAGCUGUCGUAACCAAGGUGACAGAGAGAGAGUGGAUGCUCUACGGAAGAUGUGCACAGAUUUGGAUAUCGUGGACAACGUGGAGUUUAAGCUCAAUGUCAGCUUUGAUGAGUUAAAAUCUCUCAUGUCUACCUCAGUGGUUGGCCUACAUACCAUGUGGAACGAACACUUUGGAAUAGGUGUGGUGGAGUUAAUGGCAGCAGGAUGUAUCGUACUGGCUCACGAUUCAGGUGGACCUAAGCUAGAUAUUGUUGUACCUGUGAAUGGUCAGCCUACAGGAUUCCUAGCAUCUGAUGUGGACUCCUAUGCCAGCUACAUGUCUAAAAUUUUCAAACUGUCAGAGCAAGAAAGGACAGAAAUCCAACAUUGUGCUAGAGUCUCUGUCCAGAAAUUUUCAGAUACAGAAUUUGAGAAUGGAUUUUUAGAUGUUUAUGAAAAUCUAGUGACAAAAACUUAAAAAUUGAGUUCUCUCUGUAUGUGUAUUUAGAUAUAAAAUAAUAUUAUCA